UGGAUAACGCAGGGCUAGCGAUGAAAGCUUCUCUUCAAGUCUUACUGCUUUGUUGUUUUGCUCUAGCAAAUGCAAAUGUCGUCAACGGCUGGAAUCCAGAUGGGUUCAUAAGCAUAGACUGCGGAUUAGCAGAAGGAGCUAGCUACUCCGACUACAAUAUCGGCGGCCUAGAUUACUGGCCAGAUGCAGGCUUCCUAGAAUCUGACACCGGCAUUAGCUCCUACAUCCAAAAAAGCUACAUCACGGACCACAUCGACAAGCAUCUCUGGACAGUCCGGAGCUUCCCCGAAGGGGAUCGAAACUGCUACGACUUAAGUGGCUCUUCUGAACAGGUGGUGAAAGGGAAGAGGGUGCUGAUUCGAGCCAGUUUCUUGUACGGGAAUUACGACGGCAAGAAUGAGACCCCCAGUUUUGAGCUUCAUCUAGGGGUGGAAAUGUGGGAUCGGGUGCAAUUUCGAGGCCCGUUGGAUGUGGUAAGGAAAGAGAUCGUGCACGUUCCGUCCUCCAAUAUCUUGAAGGUUUGCCUCGUGUGCACCGACCAGGGCACGCCAUUCAUUUCGGCACUUGAGCUACGGCCACUCAAAGACGACGCCUACCCCACCAAUGCAUCCGUCGCUAUGAAUGAGUCGUUGGUUGGUUUCAAACGGUACAACUACGGUGCCGAGGAUAAGCAUUCAAUAAUAAGGUACCCAGAUGAUAAGAGAGAUCGCCUAUGGUUCCCAUAUGACGACGCUAGUCCAAAAUUCAUAUCAUUAAGCCCAAUACCACCAAACCCAAACGAGGAAGUUGAUGAGAAUAGCUAUGAAGUGCCCUCCAAAGUCAUGGAAACAGCCGUGUCAAAGGAAACGGCAGAGGAAAACUUGACAAUAUCUUGGGACCCGAAACACCCGACAAUGGAUUAUUACGUGUACCUGCAUUUUGCCGAGGUAACGAGGCUGCUAGCCAACCAAUCCCGAGAGUUCAAAAUUUAUACCAACGACGAUAAGCUCUGGUUUGACAAGCCAAUUUCCCCAGCGUAUUUUAGCAUCGACACUAUAUAUCCAGAAAGUGCAACAAGCAAAGCACAAUGGAAUCUUACCCUCCUCAAGACUCAGAGUUCCAACCUCCCACCGCUCAUUAACGCCAUGGAAAUCUACAUUGUUAAAAGAUUCUUGAAAUCACAAACUCGCGAAACUGAGGUGUUGGCUAUGGCGAAUAUCAAGUCAAAUUAUAGGUUGAAGAGAGACAAUUGGGUGGGAGAUCCUUGUCUACCUGAAGCAUACUUAUGGGAAGGGCUUCGUUGCAGAUAUAAUAAUGAUUAUGAUCCUCCUAUCAUCACACACUUGAAUCUGUCCGCAAGUAGAUUGGCCGGCAACAUUUCUCUUAGCAUAUCCGAUCUUACAUCCCUGGAGUACUUGGAUUUAUCCAAUAAUAGCUUGACUGGCCAAUUACCUAGCUUUCUAAGUGAAUUGCGAUCUUUGAAAGUCUUAAAUUUAACUGGAAAUCAAUUUUGGGGUCCAAUUCCACAAGAACUUAUAGAAAGAACCAAAUAUGGACUAAAACUAAGAAUUGAAGGUUACGACGAUACAGCGCCACACAGUUCUUGUCAAUCAAACAAUUGUGAUAGCAAAAAGACAUCAAAGAAAUUUGUCAUUCCAGUGGUUACAUCAGUUAUUCCAACGUUCAUCCUCUUGACUGGCUUGCUUCUCUUUUGGCGACGUAAAAGGAAGACAAACCAAGGGCGCUUGGGUGAAACAUUUGAUAAGAAAGAUGGAUUUUUGAAAUCAAAAAAUAGAAGUUUUACCUAUUUGGAAAUCCUAAAAAUCACUAGGAACUUUGAAAGGGUUCUUGGAAAAGGUGGUUUUGGAACCGUGUAUCAUGGUUGUUUAGGGGACAUUCAAGUGGCUGUUAAGAUACUCUCUCAAUCAUCUAUCCAGGGUUAUCGUGAGUUUCAAACCGAGGCUGAGCUUCUGACAAGAGUCCAUCAUCGAUACCUAACUUCACUGGUUGGGUAUUGUGACAAGGAUGAACACAAAGCUCUUGUUUAUGAAUACAUGGCUAAUGGGAACCUAAGAGAUUUUUUGUUAGAGAAAAGUAGUCAUGUUUUGAGCUGGAUAGAAAGACUCCAAAUUGCAGUGGAUGCUGCACAAGGAUUGGAUUAUUUGCACAAUGGUUGUAAACCACCAAUAAUUCAUAGAGAUGUCAAAACUACCAACAUUCUGCUGAACGAAAAACUACAAGCAAAAUUAUCUGAUUUCGGGUUGUCUAGGGUUUUUACCAUUGAAGAUGGCUCCUAUGUUUCCACUAGGGUUGUUGGCACUCCAGGAUACCUUGAUCCAGAGUAUUAUGAGUCUCAUAGAUUGACAGAAAAGAGUGAUGUCUACAAUUUUGGAAUUGUUAUCUUGGAGUUGAUCUCAGGAAGGCCAGUGAUCGUAGUGAAUGAUGAGAAAUCACAUAUUCUACAAUGGGUUAGCCUUUUCUUAGAGACUGGAGACAUUAAGAAAAUUAUUGAUCCUAGGUUGAACGAGGAGUUUGAUGUGAAUUGCGUGUGGAAGGCAUUAGAGCUUGCAAUGGCAUGUGCAUCUCCUAUUCCAAUUGGGAGACCAAACAUGGACUACGUUGUCAUGGAACUGAAGGAAUGUUUGGCCACUGAGAAAGUGAGAAGAGAAAGGCAAGCUCAAACAUUUUAUUCCGAAGAAGUAAUAGAAGUCACCCCUAUUAUUGCUCAAGAAAAUAGCACUAUUGGUCCAAGAUAGAAACUGAAA